UUAACUCCUUAAUAAUAAUUAUAUUAUUAUUAUAAGUAACCAAAUUUAAUUAAGCGACAAGAGGCUGUGGCUGAGUUGCAUGGCAAGAGGUCGAAAUCCGACGACGAUGAACCGGAGCGAUCGAUACCUUGGAAGCUACAGUUACGGUGACAGUCACGGAACCUCCCUCACCGACGAAUUAGAGCUCGCCGAGGAAGACAUCUGGUCACCGGCAGUCAUUCACGACACCGAGACAGAAGAUUCAUACAGCGGGUGGAACUUAAGUGCUAAUUCUAUGAAAAGUGGGCGCGUGGGAGGACUCUCGCUUACUUUCAAGAGCUCCUCAAACGCACCGUCGUCAUCUCCGAUGCUCGUGCAGCAGAUCCACGGCGGAGUAGGCGAAGGAGGAGAAAUCAUGCGGAACUUGGCGUCCUCAGCGCCGGUUAACGUGCCGGAUUGGAGUGAGAUAUAUCGAGUCAACUUGGUUGAGUCAACACACGAGCUUGACGGUGACGACGAGGAGGAACCGGGGAUGAUGCCGCCUCACGAGUACCUUGCUAAGAGCCAAGCACGGCGGAGCAGGAAAAUGGGAGGCGGUGGGGCGUCGAUGUUUGAGGGUGUAGGAAGGACUCUCAAAGGCAGGGAACUAAGGCGUGUUCGUGAUGCAAUUUGGAGCCAAACAGGGUUCUACGGCUAAGAAAUUAACAAAUAACAAUAUUCUAGAUUUCAGUUAAAAUAUUUGUUU